AUGCUACAAGGCAUGCUUGCAAACUGGGUCGCCACCCAUCAUACAGGAUCCAUCAAAGACGUCUUCCACAAGGGCCGUGCCCACGAAAAGGAGCCAGACACCGUUGAAGAAGCUGUUCUUCAAACGCUGAUCAACCUGCCUGAGCCGCCUAUGAUGUCCGAAAUUCAUGGCGUUGUGACAGACGCGCGUCUUAAGGCAUACGACAACGCGAUUCGAAUGGAACGCGAAGAUUCCGGGAAAAAGCACGAUGACUUUGUUGUAUUCAGCGACGCGCUGGAAUCCUCCGUACUUCACCUUCAGCCGCGUGCCUGUAAUACAUCUCUUUCAGUGUCGUCUUUCCGCCAACUAUAA